GCCAGCCUCGAGUGCACGCGCAUGGAGCGGCGCGCGAGCUCCCCGGACGAACCCCGCAUCCACCGCGGGGCGAAAGUGCUGUUCCGCGGCCCGGUGGAGCCGCUCAUCUUCCUGGCCAACUUCGCCUUGGUCCUGCAGGGCCCGCUCACCACGCAGUACCUGUGGUACCGCUUCAGUGCCGACCUCGGCUACAAUGGUACCCACGACAGAGGUGGCUGCAGCAAUCACAGCCUGAACCCCACCAUGCAGGAAGUGGAGACCCUUACCUCCCACUGGACCCUCUACAUGAACUUGGGCGGCUUCCUGGUGGGGCUCUUCUCAUCCACCCUGCUGGGUGCUUGGAGUGACUGUGUGGGCCGCCGCCCGCUGCUGGUGCUGGCCUCGCUGGGCCUGUUGCUCCAGGCUCUGGUGUCCAUCUUUGUGGUGCAGCUACAGCUACACGUCGGCUACUUCGUGCUGGGCCGCAUCCUUUGUGCCCUCCUCGGCGACUUCAGUGGCCUCCUGGCUGCUGGCUUUGCCUCCGUGGCAGAUGUCAGCACCCACAACAGCCGAACCAUCCGAAUGGCCCUGCUGGAAGCAUGCAUCGGGGUGGCAGGGAUGCUGGCGAGCCUCCUUGGGGGCCACUGGCUCCAUGCCCAGGGUUAUGCCAACCCCUUCUGGCUGGCUUUGGCCUUGCUGAUAUUCAUGUCUUUCUACGCUGCUUUCUGCUUUGGUGAGACUAUGAAGGAGCCAACACCUGCCCGGCUCUUCACGUUCCGUCACCACCGGUCCAUCGUGCAGCUCUACAUGGCUCCAGCCCCAGAGAAGUCCAGGAAGCAUUUAGCCCUGUACUCACUGGUCAUCUUUGUGGUGAUCACUGUGCACUUUGGGGCCCAGGACAUCCUGACCAUCUAUGAGCUGAGCAGACCCCUCUGCUGGGACUCCAAGCUGAUUGGCUACGGUUCUGCAGCUAGGCACCUCCCAUAUUUCACCAGCCUGCUGGGCCUGUGGCUCAUGCGAUUCUGCCUGUCUGACACCUGGGUGGCUGAGAUUGGCUUGGCUUUUAACAUCUUGGGGAUGGUGGUGUUUGCAUUCGCUACCAUCACACCCCUAAUGUUCACAGGGUAUGGACUCCUAUUCCUGUCAUUAGUCAUUACACCCAUCGUCCGGGCCAAGCUCUCCAAACUGGUGAGCACGUCAGAGCAAGGUGCUCUCUUUUCUGCUGUGGCCUGUGUGAAUGGCUUGGCCAUGCUGAUGGCCUCUGGCAUCUUCAACUCGCUCUACCCAGCCACCCUGAACUUCAUGAAGGGGUUUCCCUUCCUCCUGGGAGCUGGCCUCCUCUUCAUCCCUGCCAUUCUGAUUGGGAUGCUGGGAAAGACUGAUCCUCACUCUGAAUUCCAGCAGUUUUCCCAGAGCCCCUGAUCGGCCUGGACCUAAGGACAGAGGGCAAGAGGAGCGAAGUGAGCACUAACCAACUGGAAGUAUGCACCUGGGACGCCCCACAGCAGCCCCAGCAGCGCCCCUCAAAGGCAGUGUUCACCUUGGAUAAGGUGGUUGAGCCAGACCAGGCCCCCACCUCAUCCAUAGCUGUGCCAGCCUAUGACUUGAGGAUCUAGAAUUGUAACCCCGACAGUCUGACUCCAGGGGAGAGGAGAAGUCCUGAUGGAGGCGAGGCCUCAGGGACCAGGUGAAGCAUGAGGGGCUGGCAUCUGCUUCCAGCCCAAACUGCACAGCUCACAGUGCGCAGAUCAUGGUGCAUGGCCACCAGUCCCUCCUUAGUGAUGAAUGCUUUGAGGGGAGGAAGGGUUGUAGGAAUGGAGAGUGCUACUGACUCGGUGGAAUCAACCCCCUGGGCUUAGCAGUGCCAAUCAUCAUAAUAAAGCAAUAUAAACACACUGAAAUGAACCUCCCUGCAUCCAAGGCAUUGGGUUGUGGGCCUUUUAUGUUCCUGUCUGUCUGCCCACCAUAGGUUAGGCAGCCAGCUGCUGGGCUGGGCAGAAGCCCUAGCUGCCAUGAGAUUGGUAGUGGGCAUGGCCAGCCCAGACCUCAUCUGACUGCCCACUCUGUUCUCCUGAGCUAUUGGAAGAUGGAGGGCUGCCAGGUGGGUAUUAAGCCAAGCAAAGAGGCUUGGAGCAGAGCCCUGGCCACUCAUUCCUGAGGGUGUCAGAGAUCGCUCCCUGGAGGCACCUGUACUGGCCUUCCUGGCUACAGCAGCCCGCGCAGAAUUAGUUUUUACCACUCAGCCCUCUAGCACCUCCCAUCGCCACGUAUUUCAUCAGGGCCUUGUGCUGAGACCAUCCCUCAUGCAUCUGUAAAUCAAUAGGAACCUGGAGAUGGGCCUGGCUCCCCAUGAUCCAGGGCUCCAGCUUUCCUGAGA